GGGAGAGGCGGUAGGACAGCUGCAGCCCCAAGAUGUAAACAGGCCGAGCGGAUGCAGGUAUAAAAGCUGGAGCCCCCGCAGCCUCUCAGCACCCCCAGCCUGACCCACCUUCCCAGAGCCCUCAAAGGAAGCCGGGCGAAGGGCCAGGAUGGACGAGGACUUCUCCUCCCAGAUGAAGAAGAUGGCCUUGGCCAUGGGCACAUCCCUGUCGGACAAGGACAUAGACCUGCUGCCCACCGACAUGAGGCACCAUGGCUCCUUCAACUACAUCAAGUUCUUCGAGUACAUGCAGAAGUUCCCGGCCUCGGGGCAGCAGGAGAGUGUCAUCCGCAAGGCCUUCCAGACCCUGGACAAGGACAAGAGCGGCUUCCUCGAGUGGAAUGAGAUCAAGUACAUCCUGUGCCUCAUCCCCAGCAGCGGGCCCACCACCCCACUGACGGACGAGGAGGCUGAGGCCGUGAUCCAAGCAGCCGACACGGAUGGGGACGGGAGGAUUGACUUCGAAGAUGCUGACCCCAAGCCUGGAGGAUGGCCCUGGGAACAGAAUUUUCUGAAUUGAUCAAAAAGGAGAAAAUUGCAAAGAAGUAGCACCACGCCCAGCCCCGGCCGGCUGAGCAUCCCCCAAGGGGCACCGUGGGAUUCACGAGUGCCCCGUGGAGGCCAUGGGAGUGGACGCAGCUUGAGCCAGGAAAAUGGAAGAAAAACAGCAUUAAAUGAACCGCAGCCCAUGUGUUUGUUGGGGGUGUGCGGCGUCAGCUGGGGCAGGGGCAGGGUCGUGGGUCUCUGGGUGACAGGUGGGGGGCAGGGUGGCAUCGGGGGUGCAGGAGGGAAAAUGGAAGGCCGGGUGGUAGGUGUGUCCAGCCUCCUCUGCCCCUUCUUGUUCCUGC